AUGGGCACUCCCAAUAAUACCAAAUUGUCUGAGGCAGUUGACACUGUGAAAUCAUGGACACCAUGGAGGCAAGAACCCAUGAAAGUCUCCAGAGAUUUCUGGAUGCCCGACCAGAGCUGCAAGGUGUGCUAUGACUGCGAUUCUCAAUUCUGCUAUGACUGCGAUUCUCAAUUCAGAAUUUUUAAUCGUAGGCAUCAUUGCCGACUCUGUGGACGAAUUUUCUAUUCCAAGUGCACUGAACACUCCGUUCCGGCCCCUUCAGAUGAUCCCUGUAGUGGAUGGGAAGAUUGGGGUUGGAUUAGGGUUUGCAAUUAUUGCUUCGAACGAUGGGAACAUGGUUCAGAGAAAAUUGAUAAUGUGAUGACUGCAGCAGGCCCUGAAAUUAAUCCUUCGCCUUCUGCUACAAGUUUGGUGGGCAACGAAUCUAGUUACACUUGUAGCAGUGACAGGAGUGAUGAUUCAUCCAUGUGUUCUACUGAGCCACACCAGUGUAGUGGUGGUCCAGGUCCUCGUCAUCCUGCUCAAAUGGAGGAUAUAUGUGCAGUCAAACAUGUAAUGAUUCCUGGAAAAUCACGUCGGAUUGAUACAAGGGACUCUGUCAGCAACCAGUCUCUUUUUUCUAGCAG